UGUGACCUCCUCAGCACAUCCCAUCCGAAUAUGAAAGGAAGUGGUGAGUGCAGAAACCGCUUUGUCUCCGUCAGAUUUUCAUCAUUUCUCAUCAGCCGUUAGAAGCAACAUCCAGAUCUCCUCCACAUCUCUAUGAAGAUGUCUUCUCCCGAGAAGAGACCGAGCCUCGUCCAUCUGCAGAGGCUUCGCACCCCGGCUCUGAUUGUCCUGCUGCUCUUCUUGGAGACGCUGCUGGGGUUGAGGUUUGAGUGUCCUGAGCUAGAAGAAACGAGGAUCGUCUACUGCCUCCUGUAUUUAUUCCUGUCGGCAUCUUUCUUAGUUAUUUCUAAUUUACUGCUCAGAUCAAGAAGAACUUCCAGUGCGUCUCUACCACCACCGGAUGCCCAUAUUAUGUAUCUCAUCAUAGAACUCGGGAAAGCUCCUCUGAUCUGGGUCUUCAUCAUUCUGCUCAAUCAGGAGUUUCUCUCCUGCCUCUUUAGAAAUGUGCACCCUGUUAUACAACGUCGGCUCUUCCCUUCCUUACAGAUUUGUGGCCUUGUGCUCCUGGUUCUGUGCGUGACGCUGGAUUAUUAUUCACCGCGCUUCCCCUUUCUACAGAAGCACCUGCAGUACUAUAAUCGCAGGCGGCAUGAAGAGCUCGUCCUGCGGGAUAUUGAGGUUGUCGUCCAGGAGGCGGCCGAUGAGAAGAGGAAGGCUUAUGUUCAAUCUAUGAUCGGUCCACAUCUGGGUGAAUUAAACCCUGAAGACCCAGGGAUGGCGGAUGUGAUGUUACACCUCAUACAGCAAUAUCAGGCCAAGGUGCAGCAGGGAUUGGCAGGCGAGAGAAGGGCGGAGCCUACAGAGCAAGUGGGGCAAAGUGAGGGUCUGCUGCAGACCCCGUAGGCGAGCAAAGCUAACCACACCAGCAAUCAUACGGUAUAUCACUAACUACAGCCCGGGUGCACUCCGUGCGGAAUAUGUUGGUGCUAUAUAAGUAAAAUAAAUACGUGUAAAGCAGAAUCAUUGUAUGGUCUUAAUGUUUUCAAGAUCUCUUAUUGCUGUCAGGAAAUGAUAGCAUUCCUUUUCCUAUUACCUGUUCAGAGCAGACACGUCUCACAGCUGAGGGUUUGUUACAGUUACAUCUAUCAGUGCUUUGUGCUCACUGUGUUUAUACUGAAGCCACCAAAGAAGUUGGGGUAGGAAAAAAAGUCCCUGUGGUGUCCCUGCCUAAAAGCAGAACACCUGCCCCAACAGGGGCAACUCCACUUCUCAAUGUCACCUAAAUGGCCCUUCUAGUUUCCUCCAAGACUUUGUUCUUGUCCCAACGUGUUUCUCCUUUUAGAUAGAUUCUCCUCAGGGGACCAAAGGUAGAGGCAAGAUGGUCAUGAUAGUGGCGGCAUCAACAUGGUGGCGGGUACUCUGCUUUUAGGCAGGGUUACUGUCAGUAAACACAGGGACUUUUCUUCAUCCACCCCAACUUCUUUGGAGGCAUCAGUAUAUUUUUGAACCUUGGUACAACAGAACAGAAAAGCCACGGUUUAACCCCUGCAUUGGGGCUUCAUCGGGUUUCUCUUGGCAUUGUUUGUUGGCCACCACUGUUGAUCUCUGGGCUACUGAUACUUCUCUCAGUGAUGGAGAGUACUGAUACCGAGUACUGAUACUGGGGCUGAUUCAGAGAGUCAUCAUCCUGUAAAAGCCACCAGGAUACUGGUUCCAAGUGUGAAGGCACAAAAACACCACCCACAGCAACCAAGCACAAACAUCACGAGACCCUGAAGACACUGAAUACAAAAAGCUUCUGUAUAUAUAAUUUAAUAAAAGGUCAAAUUGCACUUCAAACAUGGGGCUCAUUUGGAUCAAGCAAGGUGAGAUGGAGAGAGGAGGUACCCCCCCCCCCCUCCCGGGAUAUAAUAGGAGAGAAUGCCAGUCUACAACUGUUCUGUGACCCGUGCAGAGGGAGGGCGAGCUGUGACCAUCACCUACUGACUGCUAUGGAGAGUGUAGUGGGCAUGCUGGGGGGGGGGGGGGGCACACUGCGACCAUCAUCAAUUCACUUCUGUCAGAGAUCGUGGUUGGCAUGACCUGUGACCCUUGAAAAGGUCGUUGUGCAUGGAGGGGAUUAAGGUGAGCUGUGAUCAUCAUCUACUGACCCUAUCCAAUUACAUACCUCCCAACAUUGUAAACAAAC